AUGGCACCACCUCCUCAAACCCGGAGACCAGGAGACCUGGAGACCUACCCGGAGACCCGUAGACCCGGAGACCCGGAGACCAGGAGAUCCGGAGACCCGCAGAUCCGGAGACCCGGAGACCUGGAGAACCGGAGACCCGGAGAUCCGGAGACCCGGAGACCCGGAGACCAGGAGAUCCGGAGACCCGGAGACCCGGAGACCUGGAGAACCGGAGACCCGGAGACCCGGAGACCUGGAGGCCCAGAGACCUGGAGAACCGGAGACCCGGAGACCCGGAGACCUGGAGGCCCAGAGACCCAGAGACCCAGAGACCUGGAGACCAGGACACCCCAGGGCCCAGAGACCUUCUUUAGGUGGUACAGUGGGUAUGGAGUCAUGUCUGGAGUGUGGUAUCACCAUGAUACUACAGUUCAGGAAACUUUCUGGUUCAUUAAAGAGAGUAAUGGGAUUCACGUUGAUCUAAGGACUGAUCCGGAGUAUUCAGGUCGUGUGGAGAAUCUCUGUGGAAACAACGAGUGCACUCUGAGAAUCUCUAACCUGACAGAGAGCGACUCAGCUGUGUACAAGUUCAGGUUCACAACAAACCAUGGACUGAGGUUUACUGGUUCACCUGGAGUCACUCUGAAUGUCACAGACCCUCAGCUCCAGGUACAAGUGAGGAGAUCAACAGCCAAUCCGUCUUCUACCUGGACAGAGCUGACCUGUCACAGCAGGUGUCAGAUCCCUGAUCAUCUUUCCUACGUUUGGUACAAUAACAAUAAACCUGUUGGACGGAAAAAAUACUUUCACCUCCGACACUUUGAUGCUGAAGACAGCUAUCACUGUGCUAUAGAAGGACAGGAGCGUUUCCCUUCUCCUACAUUGGACGCUCCAAAGCCUCCCUCUGUGUCAGUGAGUCCCUCUGGUGAGAUCAUGGAGGGCAGCUCGGUGACUCUGACCUGCAGCAGUGAUGCUAACCCAGCAGCUAAAUACACCUGGUACAAGAGAAGUGGAGAUAAACAAGUUCAACGUCUCAGUGAAGAGACACAAUUGGUCCUCAGCUCCAUCCGGUCGUCAGACUCUGGAGAGUAUUACUGCACAGCUGAGAAUGAGCUGGGAAGGAGUUCAGCAAACAUCUCUAUUACUGUGACAUGGAAGUCAGUGAUAAUCAUGAAUAUCAUCAGGUGCACUCUGGUGGUCGUGCUGGUUCCAGUGCUGGUCUGGACUCUGUGGACGAGGUAA